UGAAGCAUCCACGCUUGACUUAACUUCCGUGCCCAUAUUUACCACAGAACCUGAAGGCAUCACCAGGAGUGGACUGCCUCACAUUGUUAACGUUGAUUUCUCCCGUUCCAGCCAGCAUUUGUCUUCCGUGAGCCAAACCCGGGUCAUUGCCUCCCACAAAACGCCUGAAAUCCCGUCUUCAUCUGGCAGCAGGACACACACCGGCAGACCGAAGCCCCAGUUAUGAGGAGGUUCUGCGCCCGCCACCCUGCCUCGACCACAGGCUGCUGCUGGUAGGGAUGGUGCCGCUGUGAGGAGCCGGUGUGCCGUUCAGAGAAGCCUAGAGGACGGGCAGUGCUUGGACAACAUGACUGUUUUCAACCCGGACAAUGUGGAGGAAUUUUAUGAAAUCGGAGACGAGCUGGGGAGCGGUCAGUUUGCCGUGGUCAGAAGAUGUCGACACAGGAGAACAGGUGUGGAUUACGCCGCCAAAUUUAUCAAAAAGCGACGCAACAAGUCGAGUCGACGUGGCGUGUCAAGGGAAGACAUCGAGCGAGAGGUGAACAUCCUGAAGGAGAUCCAGCACCCAAACAUCAUCACCCUGCAUGAAGUCUUUGAGAGCAAGCCUGAGGUCAUCCUGAUCCUGGAACUUGUUGCUGGCGGUGAGCUCUUUGACUUUCUGGCAGAAAAGGAGUCUUUGAGCGAAGAGGAGGCCACUCAGUUCCUCAAGCAGAUCCUGGAUGGAGUCCUCUACCUGCACUCUAAACAAAUCGCUCACUUUGACCUUAAGCCGGAGAACAUCAUGCUGCUGAGCCGCUCAGUGCCUCACCCACGCAUCAAGCUCAUCGACUUUGGACUGGCGCACAAGAUAGACUUUGGAAAUGAUUUUAAAAACAUUUUUGGAACUCCGGAGUUUGUGGCUCCAGAAGUGGUGAACUAUGAACCUUUAGGCCUGGAGGCAGACAUGUGGAGCAUCGGAGUUAUAACCUACAUUCUUCUGAGUGGCGCUUCUCCCUUCUUGGGGGACAACAAGCAGGAGACUCUGGCCAACGUGUCAGCUGUGGACUACACGUUUGAUGAAGAGUUCUUCAGCAGCACCAGCGCUCUGGCCAAAGACUUCAUAAAAAGGCUUCUUAUCAAAGAUCCAAAAAAGAGAAUGACGAUUCAGGACACCCUCCAGCAUCCCUGGAUCAAGCCAAAAGACACUCAGCAAGCACUGAGCAGGAAGGAGUCCGCCGUCAACAUGGAAAAGUUUAAAAAGUUUGCAGCUCGAAGAAAGUGGAAACAAUCCGUCCGGCUCAUUUCCUUAUGUAACCGCCUGUCCCGCUCCUUCCUGUCCAGAAGCAACAUGAGUGUGGCACGCAGCGAUGACACACUGGAUGAGGAGGACUCCUUUGUGAUGAAGGCCAUCAUCCACGCCAUUAAUGACGACAACGUGCCUGGACUGCAGCAUCUGCUCAGCUCAUUAAACAGUUACGACGUCAACCAGCCCAACAAGCAUGGGACUCCUCCACUCCUGAUUGCAGCCGGCUGCGGCAACAUCCAGAUCAUCGAGGUGUUGAUGAGAAACGGUGCAGAAAUCCAGGCUAAUGACAAGAGCGGAGCCAACGCUAUCUACUAUGCUGCCAGACACGGCCACGUCGAGACCCUGAAAUUUCUUCAUGAAAAGAAAUGCCCUCUGGAUGUCCAAGACAAGUCUGGAGAAACGGCUCUUCAUGUGGCUGCUCGCUACGGCAACGUUGACGUGGUGAGCUACCUGUGCAGCAUCCGGGCCAACCCAGACCUGACAGACAGGGAGCAGGAGACCCCGCUGCACUGUGCUGCUUGGCAUGGAUAUUCUGCUGUAGCCAGAACGCUCUGCCAGGCAGGCUGCCAUGUGGACGCGAAGAAUCGUGAAGGGGAGAGUCCGCUGCUGACAGCAUCUGCUCGGGGCUUCGUGGACAUCGUGGAGUGCUUGGUGGAGCAAGAGGCUGACCUGGAGGCCACAGACAAGGACGGACACACGGCUCUCCACCUGGCUGUACGGCGGUGUCAGGUUGAAGUUGUUCGCUGCCUCCUCAGACAAUGCUGCCAUCUGGACCAACAGGAUCGCCAUGGCAACACGCCGCUCCACAUCGCCUGCAAGGAUGGGAAUCUGGAUAUCGUUAUGGCGAUGUGCAACGCCAAGGCAAGCCUCGACCUGCCUAACAAGCAUGGAAGAACACCUCUCCAUCUGGCUGCUGGAAACGGGAGCCUCGAGGUCGUCCGUCACCUCUGCCUGGCCGGAGCAAACAUCGAUGCCGUCACAAACGAUGGAAAGACAGCCGAGGAUUUAGCUUCAUCUGAUCAUCAUGAGCACAUAGUGGAUUUAUUGGAAAAGCUUAAAAAGGACAACCACAAACCGAGCUACAUCCAGCAGCUGCGUCCCAAUCAGACUGUCCAACCCAGGAUCAAACUUAAGCUGUUUGGACACUCAGGCGCUGGAAAGAGCACCCUGCUGGAAUCUCUGAAAUGUGGCAUCCUGCGCAGCUUCUUCAGGAGGAGGAGGACGUCACGCAUAACCAACGCAGCACGACACCCCAACUCCCCCAUCAACUCCAAACCUGCAGUCUCUGUGAGCAUCUCCAACUUGUAUCCUGGCUGUGAGAACGUGAGCGUCCGCAGUCGCAGCAUGAUGUUCGAGCCCAGUCUGACCAAAGGCGUCCUGGAGGUCUUCUCCCCCGUCCACAACGCCUUGUCCACAGCAGACGAGCAGGCCACCAAGGCUAUUGACAUCCAGCAUGCCAACAUCCACGGUGUGGGGGAUUUCAGCAUAUGGGAGUUCUCAGGAAACCCCGUCUACCACUGCUCCUAUGACUACUUUGCAGCCAAUGACGUCACAGCGAUCCACCUGGUCUUGUUCAGUCUUGAGGAGCCAUACGAGACCCAGCUGGGCCACAUCACGUACUGGCUGAACCUGCUGAAGGCCCUCACUCCACCCCAGGACAACAUCGCGUUUGGAGGUCGGAUCCAGCAGCCCCUCGAGGUGGUCCUGGUGGCGACUCACGCCGACCUGGCCGACAUCACCAGAACUUUCUGCGGAGAGUUCAGCUACGACAAAGAGAAAGCACUGCUCAAGGAAGUCAGAAACAGGUUUGGGAACGAUCUGCAGAUCAGCGACAAACUGUUUGUGAUGGACACCGGAGCGUCAAACUCCAAAGACCUGAAGCUGCUGAGGAGUCACCUGCAGGAACUUCGCGCCAACAUCAUCUCUAGGUGCAGUCCAAUGACGCAGCUUUCGGAGCGUCUGCUGGCGGCCCUGCCGUCCUGGAGGAAGCUGAGUGGACCGAACCAGCUCACAUCGUGGCAGCAGUUUGUCAACGACGUCCAGGAGCAGAUCAACCCGCUGGUCAGCCAAGAUCACCUCCGAACACUUGCCAUGCAGCUUCACAGCAUGGGGGAGAUCAACAUCAUGCAGAGUGAGACGGUGCAGGACGUCGUUGUGCUCGAGCCUCGCUGGCUCUGCACAAACAUCCUUGGUAAACUGCUCUCUGUGGAAACCCCGAAGGCGAUCCACCACUACAGGGGGCGCUACAGGCUGGAGGAGGUGCAGGCUCUGGCCCCAGAGAGUGAUGUUGAGGAGCUGCUGCAGAUCCUGGAUGCCAUGGAUGUCUGCGCCCGUGACAUCACCAAUCCGUCCAUGGUGGACGUUCCCGCCCUGAUCAAGACGAACGGCCUCCACCGCUCCUGGACCGAGGAGGAGGACGAGGAUUUGCUGAUCUACGGCGGGGUUCGGCUCGUCCCCGCAGAGCACCUCACUCCAUUCCCGUGUGGCAUGUUUCACAAGCUGCAGGUGAACCUGUGUCGCUGGAGUCACCAGCAGAAGCCUGAGGAAGAGGGUGGGGAGGACUCUGACGGAGACAUCCAUCUGUGGACCAACGGAGCCAAAGUGAGCCAAGCAGGAGUGGAGGCCGUAAUACUGCUGGUCAACCACGGGCAGGGCGUUGAGAUCCAAGUGCGCGGACAUGAUACAGAGCGGGCCAAAUGCUACACCCUGCUGGACACCAUCUGUAGUAUAACAGAGAACCUGCUGGCCUCCACUCUGCCUGGACUCCUAACAGCCAAAUAUUACCUGAGUCCUCAGCAGCUGCGGGAGCACCACGCCCCCAUCAUGGUCUACCAACCCAAAGAUUUCUGCCGUGCUCGGAUCCAACGGGAAUCCUCGCUCACCAACACCAUGGGCGGCUACCGGGAGAGCUUCAGCAGCAUUCUUGCAUUUGGUUGCGCUGAGGUUUACCAGCAGGGGACUCUGGCGACGGAUAUCCACAUAUCCGAAGUGCCUCUGCUGGCUCGAAGGAAGCUGUGCCGCAUGCUGGACCCCCCUGACGCCUUGGGGAAGGACUGGUGCCUGCUGGCCAUGAACCUCGGCCUCACAGAUUUGGUGGCCAAGCACAGCAAUGGGACUCCAAACGGCAAUCCGGACUCAGACUCCCAGCAGGCCGAGCUGCUGCCCAGCCCUACAGCGGCGCUGCUGCAAGAGUGGAGCAACAGAACCAACAGCAGGGUUGGUGUGCUAAUGACUAAACUGAGGGAGUUGGGUCGCAGAGAUGCGGCGGACUUCCUCCUUAAGGCCUCUCCUGUUUUUAGGGUCAACAUGGAGGCGCUGACGGGGGCCCUCAACGGAUACCCCCCUACCUGCAACGGCGGCACAUCGUACAACUCAAUCAGCUCUGUCAUAUCUCGCUGAGGAUCAGCGCAGUUUCCUCACCAAACGUCAAUCUGAAGCACCCGACUCCUGCUUAAACCGGACAGGCUCAGGCAUGAGUAUGAUUGAAGUGCAUCAUUAGUCCAGCUGCUUGAUCUUUACGAACUCUGACCCUGUUAUUAGAUCCAGAUGUUGCGUUUGAGCCCUCUCCACACCUGUAAAGCUGACCUUUCCCUCAAGUAUGAAUGCUGUCGAAGCACCAAGCUCCAAAGAGAAAUCCUGUGUUUUUAAUCUUGUCGUGCUGCUUAUUAAUAUUCCUCCUACUCUGCUGCACAGUAAGUCAAAAUAGGAAAGCUAAACAAUCUCUCCACAUGAAGAAGUGGUGGAGUUUAGAAAAAGCUGGCAGCCGGAUGUUUUUUGGACCUCUUUCAUAUCCACCCACAGUUCAGACCUGAGAACUCUCUGUGUCAGUGUUUUUGUAGGAGGCUGCCACCUCUUUUAAUAUUAUCUGUCUCUCGUUUCACUGUUUUUCUGUUUAGUUGUUAAUCUUGGUGUUUAAUGAAUAACUGAAGAGCAUUUUUCAGAGUGCCUUCGGGGCCUUCUACCUCCCUAAAAGCACAAAGCAUCUCGUUAUGACAGUAGUUCUUUUCAAACAUCUGAAGAACUGUGCCUUGUUGACACUAAAGCAGUAAAACAGAAAUCCAACCGAGUCAAAAAUCUAAAGAUCUAAAUCCGAGACUGGAAACGCAGCUUAAAGGUUGGAACGUUUUGAAACCCAAAUCUUGCUUAGGAAAAAAAAUCAAAAAACUACGUUUCAUUCAGAUUCAAGAUUCAGUUCUGCUGGAAGAAUUUGGGCCAACAGGAAUGUCCCAAUCAGAAUUUUUGCCCCUAAAGCCGUCCUGAUUCAUUCUAGAAUAAACACUUGCUGAUACAGAGUCCGGGCCCGAUGCUUCAUAAACGUCAAUAUCGUGUACAUGCAGUAAAAUGACAAAUGUUGCUUCAGUAUUUCAUGGACUGCCUUAGUAUUUUAGUAACUCACCUAACUUCCUCACCAAUGAGGCUCUGCUGCUCCAACACAGGUUAGGAAAGCUGUUAUACUCUGACAAUGUGUUACAGAAAAGCUCUAACAUUUUUUUUAUUUUUUUUUAAAGUUCGUAAUAUAGACUCAUCUGCGAAGCAGUUAGUUAAAGUGCUAGGCUAACGCUCAAAUGUUUACUUUCUGUUUUGAUAUGACUCGUUGAUCGUUUGAUUUUUAACUUAUUUCUUGAGGUUCCUGGUUGAGGGUCAUACAAGUUAAUGACUCUUUCAGCUGCUCUCUCCUGAGAAAAACUGGGGAUAUCUGAGAACAUCACUGAGCAGGUCAUGUGAUGCAGACAGGCAGCAGGUUGCACCAGCCAGUACAGUCUCUUUCACUAUAAAUCAUUGUAAAUUGUGGAAAACUCUUCCCAGAGUCGUGACAUCAAUAUGCACAACCUUUAAUACAGUUUUGCAAGCCAGACACAUAAAAUUAGGCCACAUAUCUCGUUUGGCUGUGGAUGACAAAAAUACACAGCUAAUCAGCAACACGUUUUGGAAGAUUUUCGUAUCAGUUUUUGACACAUCACUUAGAAAUUCCUUGAUCGGGACAUCCCUAAUUUUUAAUGAUGAUUCUGGGUGAUGCCUUUUUACAGGUCCCAUAAUUUCCUUCUUGUUUUCUUUAAAAUGUUGCCCUGGAGAAAAAGUUUCAUGCUGCUGGGCUCUUCUUUCUCUGGCUGUUUUUAUAUAUUUCUCAUUUUUGGUGUGUUAAACUGAGCCAACAGUAAUGUUACAGUUCAAAUAAUGGCAGGCAAUGCUCUAAUUACUCUAUAUAACGACAUGUUUUGGUUUAUUUCUAAAAAUAUUCCACAAUUAUCAUUAUUUUUUAUUAUUAUUUUGGGCAUCAGAGAUGACAUUCUCUUUUGUUUCUGUCAGAUUCUGUUGUUUUGAAGCUGCUUUAAUGCUUAAUUUUUGGUCUGGUUGUGUUUUUAUUAGCGCUUUAUUGUUACUUGUUUGGAUUCAGUCUUCAAACUGCUCUGACUUAAACAAAACAAUAUUCAGAGAUACACUCUUUUUUUGUGAGGAGUUGUGUAAAAAUAUGAAUAUCUUGAGUUAUAGAUAUUUUAAAUCUGAACCAACCGCAGAUAAUUUUCCUCAUUCCUUCGCCAGAAUGUCACUAGACCAUCCCGGAGGAGAACAAACCAAAGAUUCUGGUUUUUUCCAUGUUUUUGCUGUCAUUGUAGUUUAUCAGGCUUGGAAGUUGGCACAGGAUUCACUCGGUUGCAGUUUCAAUUUACGCCUCUAGAUGUCAGUAGAAUCGACACACAGGGCCUUUAAUGUUUACAGCAAGCACUGAGACCGAAUUAGAACUAAAAUGUAGUUUGUAAACAGUCUUUAAAAUUUCUAAGUAAAUUCUGGGACCUGUAAUAAAAAAAAAAUAAAUAAAACAAUUUCCAGACUUUUUUUUUUUUUUCAUUUCAACACAAUUAGCUUUAGCCACUUUCUUCCAACAAAAAGAUGACUUUUUGAGUUAUUUUCUUUAAUAAUGGAGUCUUAUUGAAUACUAUUAAUUUAAUUUACUUGUUUUAGUUGUAAAACACUGCGGACAUUAAAAAUGAUCAUGGCAGACAGGGUGGAGUUUGGCUUUGACUCUGCUGAGCUUCAGGGUCAACAAGCUAUGCACUCAUCCUAAUGACUUUAAAUAGAAAGUGCCACAAAAUAAAGAAAAGCUAACCUAAUAAGAUGGAUUGUUUUCUAGUUCAGUUUAUGUUUUCUACUUUGCUGUAAAGUAACUGAGCAGCCGGUCACUCAAGCUUACCGUCCACAGUGUCGGGUGUUUUUCUUUCUGCACAGUGGUGUUGACGCUACCUUGUAUCAAGCUACAUUUGAGCUUCUGUCAGUAUCACUAUGGGUUUGGGCCAGCCACGCGUCGCUUCACAUCUUCUUUCACUUUGUCUUUUUACAACAUGAAGCUGGAGAGCGGCCGGCUCAGCAAACGAGCUAGAGCGGCAUCAGUGGGCAAUGGUUGCUGAAGGCAAGAAUGUCACUUUGUGAGCCGGUAUUUGUAAAGUUUUUGCUCUCUAAAUAAAACAGGAAAUAUCACAUUUUUCAGAGUUUCUAUGUUGAGUAUUUUAUUCCCAAGAGGUUCAGGUUUAUCAGGACAGGUUUAUUAAGAACGGCUGUAGUGUUUCCUGUGUUUCACUUCCUCCAGUGUUCAUCAUCUGACAGAGUCAAACUAAGCUUUUUAAGGCUGGUUGUCUCUCAGCUCCAACUUGCCAAUCAACACAGCAAACCUCUCUUAUCUGUGGUCCAAAUACUGAGAGGCGAAUGAAUGUAGUGAAGGGAAUAACUAAAUAAGACAUCGUGGGUCCAAAAGCAUGAUACGAUGAAACAUCCCGAACUAGUGUGGAGACGAGGUUUUCUUGUGUUGUCGUUGCCAACGCUGUGUGCCUGAAACUGCUCACUGAUUUAUCCUUGUGUUGUUGCCUUGUAUAGAUCACAGAGGGGGAAGGGGGGACAAAUGUUUGCCUUUUUGUCGUGUUUCAGAGAAAACACAGCACACCAUGUUGUAUGAACUGAAAUUCAACUGAAACGAGUGGAUUUGACGGACAGCUGAAGAUGGUUUCUGUUCGAUGGGGAGAUUUUGGUCUAAUCGCCACAUUGCACAAGUCUUUUUGUCGCUAUUUAUGUUCUGUUUUAGCAUGUCUAAAAUGAAUGCCAUGUUCUUAUUACUUCUGACACUUUACUGUGUAAUACAUUUUAUAAUAAAUGCUUUAUUACCUUUGUGAA